UUUAUUACCUUAUUUUAUUUAUGGUCCUUUAAAAAGUGAACCAAUUAAAUCAGAGUUUUUAUUAUGAGUUCACUAAAGAGUUCGUUUUGCGUUUCUUUCUUACUAAUAAUCCUUUUAGGGGUUGUGAUGUCCUAUAGAGAUCUUUCGCACAAGUGCAAACUCUUUCCUAGAUCUUAUGGAUUUUGUAAAAUCCUCGCUCGAGGAUUUUCCUAUGAUGCUCAUAGGAAUGUAUGCCGUCGAAAUGUUCUUCGGUGUAUGGGAACGGAUAAUUUUUUCUUUGACCAAGAUUCCUGCGAAGAAGCAUGCUUAAAGCCAAGAAAUAUUUAACACAAAUGUUUUGUACAUACUUCAAUGAUUAAAAAGUAUGAACAGAUUGAA